AUGCGCGCGAUUGUGUCCAAAGGGAUGGACUUAAGAAAUUCACCGAAGAGUGCGUCGUCCGGGACAUCUCCCAGGGAUGUUCUGCUCGCAAAGGUGUUGACCAUUCGAAAGCUUCUAGAUUGGGCCCCCUUGAUCAUAACGACGGCGCUGGGAAGCGAUUACCUUCAUCUGGCCCUCAUUCUGGCAACAGCCAUCAGCGCGGGCAACAUAGUCCUGGACGGCCUCUUCCGUUGGUGGAAAAUAAUCAAGGUCUGGCCUAAGUACCUGGACGUAUGCUUCUUCAUCACGUUUGGCGUGACACUGAUCCUCGCCUAUACCAUCCCAGAUUCCUUUGUGAGACGAUGGCUCCAAGUGAUCACCAUGGGUGGCAUCACAGUGCUGAUCACGCUGGGCUUCCUUAUUGGUCAUCCUUUCACGAGGGAUAUUGCCAAGGAGAAUGUGCCGGAGGAAUUCUGGGGUCAGCCUGUGUUCAAAAGGACCAAUGUCCUCAUGACCAGCCUUUGGAUCGUCAUUUUCCUCAUCAUGACUGUUUCCUACGUGAUUGUGGCCGCCACGAAUGCUAAUGGGAAACAUGACAAUGGAUUGUUCAUUGCCUUCAACUACGUGGUUCCACUCAGCUUCCUCUUUGCCGGCCUGAUCUUCUCAAAAUGGUACCCUGGGCACGUCAGGCAGAAGCAGAGAGCAAUGGCCAGCCCGCAGGUUGCACAGCAGCAGACCACACCAUCAAGCAACACCGCCUUCAAAUCUGAUCUCUACAGUACCACUCGCAUCUGA